AUGGCACCGGCGGUACCGGCUGUCCGUGUGCCGUGUCGGUGCCUCUGCUCGGUGUCAUGGCCAGACCGGGACUCGAGCUCACGUACUGCUUGUGCGAAUUUGCGUGAAAUUAUGUGUCCAUCUGUUGAUUGUCAAUUUUGCAGGCCACGCAAUCGCCUGUUCGACGAGGGCAUCGGUUGUCAGGACGACCGCGUAAUCGAGGUUCGUCAAGUGCCCUGGACGGCGACGCCGUCGACGCUGGCGAGCCACUUCUUCGCCGGCCUCGAAGUGAGUCCCGGCGGAGUGGCGAUCCGCUUGGCCGACGGCCGACGCUCGAACACCGCAUUGGUGCUCUUCACGGGGCCCGAGCAGGCGCGUCUCGCGGCCGGCCGUCAUCAGCAUCAGUUUCCGUGGCGUGCGAUGCUGCCCGGCCUCGUCGGCGCCUCGAGCCCGGACCUUCCCGCUCCGGCCAGACCCGGUUUGCUUCGCGAAGCCUCCGCUUCCGUCUCCACCUCCACCUCCGCCUCCACCUCCGCUUCCGUCUCCGCAGGGCAGCAGAGGAUCGUGACGCUGCAGGUCUUUCCGGGCUCGGGCAAGGAGUUCAUCCAAUGCGCCGGAUGUGAGUGCUCGGUCGCUGCGACUCCUCUCUUUUCUUCUACACUCUCCUCACUUAAGCCUGUCCAAGAGCCGAUCAAGUUGCCCACAAUCUCACACAAGCGGGCUUCACGCUUCCGCUGCUUUCCACUCGGCCCGACUGCACAAAAGCCAUUCUCCGAUGGCAUCGCCGUCGAAGCCGAGUUGUAUUUUUCCUCAUUCACGUUUGAGAUGAUGACGCGACUGACUGACGGUGGAAUUGUCCCACCAUCACAUGAGCGGACUGCACAUUUCCAUCGCAGGUCACACAACCUUGUUCCCCAAAAGCUAUUCUCAUCCAGGAAGGACUCGAAUGCAUUUUUGGCCUCGGCGAACCCCGUCUCCCCCCUAGGCGGGACUCGAACAAUGAAAGUGCUGCGUGUAAUCUUGUCACGUUGCCACGAAUGCCAUUCGGUCACAGGGCAGGUGUGA